GCCACAACGUACGCUGCAUGGAUGGAACGUACGUUGCGCUGCAUCCUGCAUUCAGAAGGCCACGGCACACCUGUCUUCCUCGCAGGGCCUCUCGCAGUCUCUCUGUCUUAUCGCAAAUGCAAUAUAGCUAUAGACUGAAACAUGCAUGUAGGUAAAGGAAUGAGCUAGUGCUUGGGCCGUGGUGAAAAAUAAUGGCGUCGGCGGGAGGAGAAGGUGCAGUUUUGGUACCCCUGGCGCGGCGCUGCGGCGGGUGCGACGGCCGUGAGGAAGCCGUGGUGGAGGCGAUGCUGCAGUGGCAGAAGGUGAGCGACCUGCUCAUCGCGGCGUCGCUGCUGUCCAUCCCGCUGGAGCUGCUCUACUUCGCCACGUGCGCCGCCCUGGCGCCUCUCCGGCGGGUGCUCCUCCAGCUGGGCACCUUCAUUGUCAUGUGCGGCGUGACCCACCUGCUGAACGUCCUCGCCUACGACCACCCGGGCUCCCACCGCAUCCUCGUCGCCCUCACCACCGCCAAGAUUCUGGGCGCGCUCGCCACCUCCGCCGCCGCCGUCUCCCUCCCGGUCCUGUUCCCGCGCCUGCUCCGCCUCAAGGUCCGCGAAUCGUUCCUCCGCACCAAGGCGCGCCAGCUUGACCGCGACCUCGCCACCGUCAGGCACCGCGAGGAGACCGUCUGGCGCGUCGUCCGCGCGGUCACGCACCACAUCCGCGACUCCAUCGACGCGCGCACCAUCCUGCGCACCACCAUGCUCCAGCUUGCCGCCGCCCUCGGCCUCAGCAACUGCGCCAUCUGGAUGCCCCAGCCCGGCGGGAGCGACCGCGGCGUGCUCCAGCUCAUGGACCAGCUGCUGCCAGACCGAGACGACGAAGGCGACAAGGUGCUUCAUCACAGCGGCGGCACACGCGCCAUCUCCGUUCGUGACCCUGACGUGGCCGCCGUAUUGGCCAGCAAGGACGCCAAGGUGCUUAGCCGGCCAGGCUCGGCGCUCAAGGCGGCGAGCUGCCGGAGCGUGCCGCUGGCAGGAGCCGCGGCCGCCAUACGGAUUCCAAAUUUCCACGGAGAAGUGGGCAGCAGGAACACAUCAGAGCCGUUGAGCUACGCCAUCCUAGUCCUGGUUCUUCGGGCUCAUGAAGAUCAACACAGGGCACCUACAGGCUGGAGCAACCUGGACCUGGAGAUUGUCCAGGCCGUCGCCGACCAGGUCACCGUCGCGCUGUCCCACGCGGCAGCCCUGGAGGAGUCACAGCUGAUCCGGCACAGGCUGGCGGAGCAGCACGGGGCACUGCUGCGCGCAAGGAGCGAGCUCGCGGCUGCGACCAAGGCGAGGAACAACGCUCACAGCGCGAUGCGAAGCGCCAUGGGCAGGCCGAUGCACUCCGUCGUCGGCCUGAUAUCCGUGAUGCAGCAGGAGGCCGCCGCGAUGCGCCCGGAGCAGAGGCUCAUCGUCGACGCCAUCGCUAGGACAAACGCUGUGUCCUCCACUCUCAUGGACGACGUCAUGGAGACGCUGCAGAGGAUGGUGGACAUCCGUGACCCGCCGCUGUCGACUCCUACUCCUACCCUGGUGUCAAGGCGGCCGUUCGAGCUCCGCUCGCUGAUCAGGGACGCGGCCUUCGUCGCCCGAUGCUUGUCCGGCUGCCAGGAGCUCGGCUUCUCGCACCAGCUGCAGGCCAAUUCCCUGCCCGAAUGGGUUGUCGGCGACGACAAGAGAGUCUUCCAUCUCGUGCUGCACAUGGUGGGCGCUCAGCUGAGCCGAUGCCAUGGCCAGCAUGUCACAGCAGCAGGCCGUACCCUCUCGUUUUCUGUCUGCAGCUGCAACAGCAUCGCCAGUGAGCACCAGGACUGGAUCCCGUCGCCACUGCGACCCGUCAGCUUCACCAGUGGCAACCAAGUAUUUGUCAGGAUCCAGAUUGGGCUGACGAAGAGCGGUCCUGGGAGCUCGCCGGCAUCGCGCCCACCCCAGUGUGGCCUCUCCUCCGAUUCCGGCGGUGCCAACAUGCGGCUAACCUUCGCUAUGUGCAAAAAGAUUGUGGAGAUGAUGAAUGAUGACAUGUGGUGGGCAUCAGAGUCGGAAGGCCAGGGAGAAACCAUGACGUGCAUCCUUCGGUUCCAACAGCAGCAGCCACCGAAUCCGCACGUGCCUGGAUCAGGCACGUACCGGAUUGGAGCCUCGUCUGCGACGGCGGCGCCUCACCUUCACUUCAACGGCCUAAGAAUCCUGCUUGCCGACAGCGACGCCAUGAGCAUGGAGGUCACCCGGAAGCUCAUCGAGCGGCUAGGCUGCCAAGUCCUGCCAGUGUCGUCGGGCGCCGACUGCCUCAGUUUGCUGCGAGGCGCUGAGCCGUCGUUCGAACUCGUGGUUCUUGAUCUCGAUGGGCAUGGCGGAGCCGGCACGGCAGGCGCCAUGGAUGGGCUCGAGGUAGCCCUCAGGAUACGGGAGCUCAGUAACACCUGCUGGCUGCUGGUCCUCGUCGCCGUGGAAGCCAGCGGCGUCGAUGACACCGUGCGUGAUAUGUGCCGGCGAGCGGGAGUGGACGGGCUCAUCCACAAGCCCAUCACGCUGCCGGCGCUCGGAGCUCAGCUCCAGAGAGUCCUUCAGAACAACUGAUCCAACCUCCAAGGAACCUGUGUGUCGAUUUGCAGCCUUCACAUUACGCCACGUCAUGAUGUAGCUGUGUAGAGACUCAUGUUGAGCCUUCUCUCAAUCGCAAGUUAUGUUGAAGCUGCUAAUUAUUUUUGGA